AUGCUGUCCAUGAUGGUCGUUGGGUCGGUGGGGUUGGGCUACAUGGUGCAAGGCAGGCGAGACCUGGAGCGAGCCAAGGAUGAUGGUGAGUGGGCAGCGCUGGAGGCAACUCGAUCGCUGACGAGGGAGAGCGAUAUUGGGGAGCUGAAAACACCGGCCAAGCGGACACCAUUAGACCUGGAGGAAGAACUGAAGCGCAUGCAGCAGAAUAGAGACAUCAGCAAGUAUGAGCGCAUGCAGCAGAAUAGAGACAUCAGCAAGUAUGAGCGAAUGCAGCAGAAGAUAGACAUCAACAACUAUGAGUUCAAGCCUGUUCCCAGGCUCAAGGAAGAGGAAUGA